AUGGACUGGGGGAAUCUCAAGGACAUGAAGAGAGAAACAAUUUAUCUAAUAGUGGGAGAUGACAUUGCUUAUCUCGACAAAGAGAGUGUACAAAAGAAAAGAGUCCAUUCAGUCGACUACUUCACAGUAGGAGGAGCGUGUGUGAUAAAGGGAAGAACUAAGUAUUUAUGCUCUUGUGGUUAUGAGAUAUGCUGGCAUUCCAUAAGGGUUUCUACUUUCGUUGAGACAACGGCAGAGGAGUGGAGGGACAGAUCUCCAGGCUAA